AUGGCGAGGACGCUGCGCCCUCGAAAAGGGAAGCAGAAUUAUGCGGAGAUACCGAUAGAGGAAGACGCCCCAGCCGCUGGACCCUCUAAGUCUGUGGUUGAAGAAGAUGAUACGGACAGCGGGAGCGAUUUUUCACCAGAGAAGGACGCGGAACCUGCACCCGAGGAUGAUGUCCUCGACGACGACGCCAUGGAAGAGGACGAGGAGCCAGACGAGGAGCCAGAAAUCGUGCCAGUUAAGACCAAAGGCAAGGGGAAGGCGAAAGCAAAACCGAAACCGAAAAAGACGACCAAAGCCGUUUCUGCUGGGCCAACGACUGGGCGAAAGCAGACGUUCUCGCUCCCAGCGCCCAGCGUUCAUCAUCGACAUCGCGCCACUCCGCUUUUCUCUUGUCCUGGACUUGUCGAGAGAUUGACCUCCCAACCGCCUCUGUUCGGCGCGCCCCAGAUCGCGUUGACCAACAACUUCACCCACACGAAUCAGGUCGCUGACCGCGCCAAUCGCGCUUGGGGCUACAAUGUUGGUCCGGGUCCCUUAUGGCAGCUGGUGGAAGAUCGACGGUGGUUCAAGGAAUCCAAGUCUGGUCCGGGUUCGGAGAAUGAAGCAAAGAGACGCCCAAGGGUGUACGACCAUAUUCCAGUCAAGGCGGGUUGGAGAGCGCUGGAUAGGAGGCAAGCCGCUGCCUAUCUCCCAACCGCCAACGAAACCACCGAUGACGGUAGUUUCAAGCCGCCUCCUCCAGUUCCGUGUUACUUUGGCCCUAUCAAAUCUCAAGUUCGACGGGAGGUCGAGAUGAUUGAAACGUUCCCGCUUUCAGAGUACCUUCCUGAAAGCAACGCACACGUUUUCAAUGCCGGUGCCUCGGUUUGGGCAAUCGACUGGUGCCCGAUACAUGUUGACGACCGAAGUGCUCGGUCGUACAAGCAGUAUCUCGCCGUGGCGCCAUUUCCCAAUAGCUCACAUUCUCCCGAAAUCGGUGUCAAAUCCAAGCGUCCUUCAACUGCCUGCAUCCAAAUUUGGUCCCUUUCUCCGACUAAACCGAUACCAAAGUCGCCUUCUUCGUCACAUAGAGAUCCCGGACAAAUGAAAUGUGAAAUGAUACUCUGCAUCGACAAUGGACCAGCUCUGGAUCUCAAAUGGUGUCCGCUCCCAUCACACGAUCCAAUCACCUCCGGGAAACGACCGCGGAAGAUCGGUCUGCUAGGAGGAACGUUUGAGGACGGCUCGUUCUGCAUUUAUGCAGUACCAGACCCCGAGGAUAUGGAGAAGGAUUCAUCUGGAUUGAGUCUCAUCGAGAUUGAACCAAUUCUGCGCAUAGAAUUAGCUGAAGCCUCCUGUUGGUCUUUUGAUUGGGCCAAUAGUGGGCGCAUUGCCAUUGGAACCACCAAUGGUGUGAUCGCCGUGUAUGAUGUUGGUCAAGUGCUUCAAUCUUUCCAAGAACCCGGGCAACCUACGAUCACCAACGCGCGGCCAACCCAUUACCUCAAUAUACACCAAUCGGCUAUUCGUGCUCUCGCCUGGAUACAAGCGCCUCCUUGCACAGUGGCUGGCGAGGCAUCCCUGGACGAAGAUCCGACUGUCAUUGCGAGUGGGGGAUAUGAUGGUGUAGAAUGUCUGACCGACAUUCGCGAGGGACGAGGAUUCAUUAUGAAUCGUACACGAGAUGUGAUCAACACUCUCGUUUUCUCCCCUUUCGCUGGCGGGCCUAUUACCAUGGAUCACGAGAAUACCGUGAAAUCGUAUGCAGCGUCACCUAGUAUGCUGGGGAGAGGUCAUACCCUAUUGGAACCAUCGGGUCCAGUUUGGGCCGUGAGCGCUUCGGAGUACCAUCCUCAACUCGCCGUUGCAGCUGCCGACGGCACUUGCUCCACUACGAACACCCUUAGAUCGCCUCGUCGGGGAGGAUCAGUGCCUUUCUUCGUGCACAAAAUCUAUCAAAUGGAUUAUAGCCGCAAAACGAAAGAGUUUCGGAUGUUGGACCGAUUCCUUCCUCAAGAGGUACCAGACGCCCGGUCAGCCAUCAGCAACGCCAAGAAAGCCUCUCAACCUGCCCCUACCACUACGAACGGAACGGGCGCGUGGUCCCAGCAAGUCGGCGUACAGCGCGUGGUUUGGAACAGCGGCAACGGAUUGGCGUCGUCCUGCCUUCUCGCAUCGUCUACUGCCUCGGGUCUGUGUAGGGUCGAUGUGUUAUGGGGGAGAUGGAUCAAGGAUAAAGCACCCUAUGGAGGCGUCGAGCAGAUCAGGAUGGAAGACGGGAGGAGCAUGGAUGUGGAUGAAAGCGAGUUAUCCGAGCUGGAGAGUGAUGCAUGA